AUGAAGUCUAACCCCCGAGAACAUCGUAUCUGUCACACAGCUGCCUCACAGAUUGAGCCAUCGUAUGACAGUCAAGGGCCCACGACUAUCCCCCAAUUGUUUGAGGGAUGGAUCACGGUAGCACCAUCCACUGAUAUUGAAGGUCUAGCAUUUGGCUUCUUCAUGAAUUCCUCUGCUUCUCUGGGCUUGUUCUCUUACCUGCCAACGCACUGGGAAAUUUUCGAGGCGCGUGAUACCUUGAAUCCGUGUGUGAAGGCAGUGUCUUUGGCCUUGCUGUGUUUCAAGCUUAAACAACCUGGAAUACUAAGAUUGGCAAAGAAAUAUUACAUCAAGGCGCUGGCGGAUACGAAUAAGGCCUUGAGCUCACCCGAAGAGGCUAAGCUGGACUCAACGCUGGUGUCAGUCUUACUGCUCAGUGCGUUUGAGGCAGCGAUGUUUUGGGAGCAUCGCUCGUCUGCGGCGUGGACAGCUCACGUGCAAGGAUCUACACUACUACUUCAGCUAAGAGGCAGGCAACAGAUACAGACGAGCCUCGGCAGGCUUUUGUUUGAGCAAGCAAGUGCAAACAUUCGAAUAACAUGUCUUCAAAACUCGCUACCCAUUCCGUCAAAUUUCACGCUCCUUCAUGAACUAGUUGUUGCUAACUCGGACCAUUGCAAUCUAAGUGGCCGGCUAGGCUUGCUAUGGGAUCGAUUUAUAUCGCUUAAGACAGUAUCCGGCAUCAAUGGAGAAGACACCGACUCCCUAAUUGCUUGGAAUGAGCUCGGAGAAGAAGUUGAUGAUCUGUUGCAUAAAGUGCAACUCCUUGCACCAUAUGACACCGCGGGGACGAUAGAUAGCCCUAAGAUCCCUACUCAUAAAGGAAUGGCUCGUCGAUAUUCUUCGCAUACUGUUGCAUGCCAGUGGAACGUGUUACGCAUGUUCCGAUUGUCUGUCCAAGAGGCAACAACUUCUGUCUCACGCUCUCUUUGUCCGACCAAGUCAGAAAGAGGAAGAACAGCAGAACUGAUUCAUGGAGCCCAAAAACUUGCACAUCGGACACAAACCACAGACAUCGGAGUCUUGAUCGAUGAGGUGUUGGCUACGAUGCCCUUUUUACUGGCGAAUCUCAAGACGUUGUCUCUGCAUUCGGUCCGGUCUAUAAUGUGGUCACUGGUUGGGAUCAGCCGCUCUGUGUUUUCUGAGGAACCUGCUAGGAUUCAUUCGAUAGCAUUGUUGAGGCUAUUACAAGCUCAGAUCCGCUUACCCAAUAUACCCUUUACGGCGGGAGAAACUGAAUGGCCCUUAGUUACUCAUGACUGGCUUCAUAUGUCACUAAUGCCGGAUUUUACAGCAGACUCUCCACCGCAAGAUUGA